UGUCAGUAGAGUGACGUUUGAGGAGGUAACGUUUAUAUUUACUUUUUUAUCAAAUUUUAAUUAGUGCUACUAAAUAAAAAGAAACAUAAAUCAAAAUCUGGAAAUAGAAGCAAUUAAGUGUACUGUUUUUAAUUAAAUUUUCUCUUAUGGUUAUGCGGAAAUUAUUUGAUGAUAAAGAAAAAUGCUUGAAGGGCACAAUUUUUUUGAAAACGACGGUGAUUUAACGAAAACGAGUUUUUCCGUUUUUGUUACGAUUUUAUACAUAAAAGUCUUAUACAUUUUACUGAUGAUCUUCUACGUGCUGUCCCGAUUUAACGAGAUUGUGUCGAAUUAACAGGAUAAAAUGAUUUCUAAUCAACCCAAUUAUGUUGGUCGUGGAAAUCAAGGUCCAUUGAUCGAUGAAACUGUUACACGUCAUUUAAAUAACGAGGAUGUACUUCCAAUUAAUUUUUUAUAUCAAAAUUUUAAAAGCGGUUUUAAGGGUUCGAUAUUAAAUGAAGAAAGAGGGUUUAAUUUUCAAACUCAAAUCUCCACAUUCCUUUAUUUAACUUUGAAGGAAUGGUCGAAGCCUGCAGAACCUUUUUUCGUUUUAAUAAUCACACCUGAUCAUACCCUAGAAAAAUGGAAAGAAAUUUUGAAGAAAAUGGUUAAAAUAAAAACCGUCGUAAUUGAUCAGAAUUCUCAACCCGAAGAGAGCCCUCAACAAGAACCUCUAAUCUUCCUCAUAUCGUUCACUAACAUUAAGCUCGUGGAAGUUCUCGUCAAUUACAAAUUAUCUACGAUAGUUAUAGAUAAAUUUGACAGGGUAGCUAAUAAGUUAAUUAUUAGGAAACUAAAAGGAGACUUUCAUGUAGGUUUAACCAGGAGAAAUUUCUACAUCGAACCUGACCAGAAAUUGCAAUGGAACAUGCUAAAUUGGGUUCAACAGGGAUGCGUCGGUAGAAAGAAAGAUUUUUUCGAAAUUGACAACGAUAAUUUCGCGAAUAUGCGCGAUAAUUACCACCACUUUUGGUUGAAUCUUACUUGGGAUUAUUGCGAGUCUUUUAAACGGAAACCGGAUCUCUCCGAUGACGAGUCAGAAGUAAUUAAUAAGGUGAAACGUAAAAGAGUAAAUCGAACGAAAAAAUUAGCGUGUAAAAGCGAUGAUGAUAUUACCGAAAAUCGAACAAGCGAGGUUCGAACGGAAACGAUAAAAACAGGGGAUUUUUCAGAUACUAAAAGUAGUUCAAGUGAUUCAGAUGAUACAGUAGAAUACAAUGCUGAUAAGACUAAGUACGAGGAGAAACAAGCGACUUGUACUGAUAACGAACAAUUCCUAUUGAGUAUUAUGCGAGCAGAGACCACCCGAUCCUCCUCGGACGAGGCCGAGGACUACAAAACGCAAGUGGAAUUGAAAAAGAUGGAAUUGUAUUCUCUCAUAUACGAUGAUGCGCCCCCGAAGGACACGAGUGGGUGCUCAGAGGCCGAUGAAUUUCUUCAAUCGUUACUCAAUAGCAAAUAAAUUCGCAGAUUGUAUCUGCGGAAACAUUCAAUUGAAAUAUUUUUAUAUAAAAUGUUGAUGUGGAAUAUCCAUUAGUAUUAGAUGAAUAUUUAAUCUUGUUGAAUGAUGCUUAGUUUAUGGAGUAUUUUUAAAUUUAGGGUAGUCGAAUUAUUUUAUCUAUUUAAUUGUUUUAUAUACUCGGUUUUAAAUUUUUAUUUAUGUACGUGCAUGGUGAUAUGUUGAUUAAAUUUGUGUAUUAUGUUUUAAUUGUUAAUUAUUUCCAGGGGUGGGAAUUAACGCAUAAAAAACAGUCUGUGGUCAAUGUUAAGAAAUUUUAAUUUGAGAAAAUCGAUGAUAUAACACAAGAUCAAUAAAAAAACAAUAACUUAAUCCAUAUGCAAUGUUAACACCCUAAAAACUACUAGACAUUAUGUAAUAAUGGAUGUACAAAAUAUAACUAUACCGUCAUUGACUCUUACAUUUUUUUUAAACAAUUCUGGCUGCUACUUUACCCUUUUUUAAUCCGAACCCGGUUGGAUUGCGAGAGUGCAAUAUAUAUCUAAAAUGUAUAACAUUGUUGAACAAAGCGUACAUUUUCCGAACUCGCAAGUUUGCAUUCAAGAUUUUAAAAAAAUUUGCAACUUUUCCUUGAUCAACUACAAGCUUAUCCUCAACAAUUUAAAAUUUACAUUAAAAACAAGUCAAUAGAAAUCAGCGAAUUUGAUCACCAGUGCAGUUUGAAAAAAAUUACAAAUUUUUUAUUCGAUCCAAAAGGAAUGUACCUAAACAACCAGAAAUGUACAUUUACUGAUUGCAAUCGGACAAAUUUAAAACAAAACAUUAAUUUACAUUUAGAAAUUUCUUGUACUAUCAAAACGAUUUUUUAAGUAAAUUUACAUUUCCGAUGUAAUAACCAAAAACGAAUGUAAACUCGCAAGCAUGCCGAAAAUGGCACGUUUAUGCCAAGCUAUAAAAAAAUCGCCCUAUAACAACCCACCUCGGAUUCCCUCACAUAUUAUUUUAUAUCGAAAAAUCGUUUUAGAAUUUGCAAUCGUUACUUCUUUUUAAAAACGGGAAAAAAUUUAAAUUUAUUACUUAUUUUUUUCUGUAAAGUAUGAAACCACAGCCAGGGGGUGACGACUUAACAAAAAGUCUCUUCUUCACCAAGUUGGAGACACUUCAUUGGUCGGUAAUAAAAAUGUUUGUUUAUUUUUUUGUUUAUAUAUCACUACUUAUUGAUGAUGCACACAGACUGGAUUUUAGUUUUCACCUUCCCCAUCUUCGAGUUUCCGCUUCUUUCCCCUCGAAACUGAAACGCAAACAAAAUAAAAUCAUUACAUACACGAUACGAUACUCCACGACUAGCUACAAUUCCUCCCAAUAAUAAAAACAAAUCGACCGUACUAUCAGUAACCGUCACUUCGUCUUCUUCGGUGCUCUCCUCCUCCUCCUCUUCGAUCCCGUCCUCGUCCUCCUCGUCUUCGAUGGCCUCGUAGUCGCUCUCGUCGGUCAUCUCGUCGAGGUGCUCGUUGUACACCGCCCCCAGGCUCACACCGCCCGUCUCCUCGCCCGACUCCAGCGAACCCUCCUCCUCGCUGUCGUUGCCGUUCACCUCCUCGUCCAGAUCGUUCGCCUCCUCGUCCAGAUCCGUGUCCUCUUCGGCCUCACCGUCCUGCUCGUCAUAUCUAAAACACCAUUUAUAAUUGGCCGAGGAGCUAAUAAAG